AGUGUUUGGAUGCAGUGCAAGGUGGAACGGAUCUAUUGGAAUGGAAAUUAUUGGAGCAAGUCGGAUAGCACGCUUGUUUUUUCAGGGUGUUGGACUCUAACAAGUAGCACAUAUGUUAGUGGUCAGUGUCAUAAGCAAGUUAGGGAAAAAGCUCGUGAUGCAUACAUGGUAGCUAUAAAACAACGAGGUGGAGGAGACAGCCAGCCUUUCUCACACACUUUAGUAUUGGUGGGAUGAAGUAAAGGUUCAUCCAAAAUGGAGAAGUUAUGACAAGAAUGAAAUGAACAUGUCCAACAGAUUCAAGAACAAUGAGGACACUUGAGAACUGAGCUCAACUUUGGUGGUCAGCCCAGUGAGAGGACACCUACACAGCAUCUUCAAACCAAGAUACAUUGGAGGAAAGUCCGGUUUAAAGAUGAAAUUCAGGCAACUACUACAGAGAUGAGAAGAUCUUAAUCGGACAAUUCUAAUGUACUAAGAAAUAACUAUUUUUAAAUCGAUUGAGCUAUAUGCACUCCUAUAAAAGUUCCUAAGCACCGGUACUCUCCAAAUUCCAAAAAUAAAACCAUAAAUUCUACGAGACCCUAAAGAUUAUAAAGCAACAUUACUUGUGAUAGUGAAAAACAGCUUGAUAUAUUUUUAAUAGGACUAGCCAAAAUGUCCGUGCGUUGUAACGGAACAACAAAAUACAAACAUCGCAAUUGCAUGAUGGCCAAAGAACUAUGAGAAAAUGAAGACACGAAUGAAGGAGAGGGCAUGAUGUUCCAAAGUAAAUUCUACACACAUUUUUUAAGUCUAUCUUUGGAGGCGGCGUAGCCAGAGAAAACAGGGACAGCUCCUCCAGGCUCUGGGUGUUGGCGAGCAAGGCAGCGAUGGAAUUGACGGCGUGGUCGGUGAGGAGGAAGUCCUCGAGGCUCAGCUGCCUGAGCCAGUGCAGCUCGCGCAAAAUGCUUGUGAACAGGCUGCUGAAGUAAGCAAUCGAUGGGCACACGCGCAGGUAGAGGUAGAGAUAGGUCAGGUUCGCACAUUGUCCGAUGAGCGUCUGUGACUGGGGCGAUUCCUUUGGUGUUUUGCUUGAGAGCUCUUGGCAGAUUUCGCUGGACACCGACCUGAUUCCUUGGUAGUUUGAGAUCUGGAAGAACCACGACGACGACCACCAGGGAGGAGGGAGGCCGCCUUUGAAGCGACGGGGCUGCAGGGCGGCGGUGUGCAGCACGACGGCCGUGGCGUUGUGGAGCACGCCCACCAGCGCCUUGUCCGGGAGGGUGCUCAGCCCGGCUCCGUUACUCCUGUGCUUCGCCACCGGCGCGAUCUUCAGUUGUCGCCUACCUCGGUGGCCGAUGAUCGAUCGGAUCAAGACGCGCCCGCCUUCUUGGUCUGUUCGGGUAAUAAUAACCGAAUUGGAACUUUUUUUUAUCAGGAUAACUGAAUUGGAAUCUAUUUCGCCUGAUCAGUGAUUACUCGGCUGGGGAGGAACGACGCCGCCCGAACGUACCGCGCAGAUGGAUAGGGGUUUGACGAACGACAAGACGCGGUGAAGGGAACGGUUUGUAUUUUUAGAUAGGUAGUAUAGAUUAUAGAUGACAUCGUGCUAGUUGCUGGAAAGGUGAGCAAUAUAUUUCAACGUUCAUGGCACACAAAGCGUAUUCAGCUAAUUACUUGCAGCACCUUUACCAGCCGUCGUCGUCGAUGACGUAUCCAUACGUCUGAGGGCUGAGGCGACCGUGUAUUGCCAUUUCUUACGACUGCACAUACUAAGUGUGUAUACACCUUUCUUUCCUCCACUUCCUAUCGCCCAAACCAAACAGCACGCGUCAACCCACAAUUAUAUACUGUAUAUACAAGCAUUUGAUACUGAUUGGUACAAGCCGACAUUGGCAAUUUUGUAUUGGAACAGUACGACGCAUCGAUCGUUCCAGACAUCUUUGGUAGGGAGGCCAGCCAAGCAGCCUAGCUAAGCGUACAAGCAAUUCUUGUCCUCACGGUUGGUUUCUUAAAUAUGUAUUCGCAUCCAGCUAGCUAGCCUAGCUAGCCACAGUAGUAAACUACUAGUACCAGGCUACUAUACAUAUUUGUUACAAUCACAUCAAUGAUUUUCCUUUCUUGCAUAAUGCCAAAUGCUGAAAUGCAUAGAUGUGAUGUUUCUUUACUUUCAUGCGCGCGAGAAGGAAUUGGUGCAAGUCAACUCUUGCCCUUGCCCCGCCUGUUGUCGGUACUAGCAUUUGAUUUCUCUGCGACAAAAAUAUAUGGUCUGUUACCUUCUUCUUCCAUGCCCAUCGUAUCUUCCAGACUGCCACCAAAAGCUUGGAGCUACGCUUGGAAGAUAUAUUCACUACACACACCCUCCCUCUUUCUUGGUCGAUCUUUAGUAGUGGAAGAAAGCAUCCGGUGUUGUUUUCCAGUGCUUUUGGCGAAAAGCGGGUUGUUCACUACAAGAAAAGGACUGAGUUGCAAGGUUGUUUUUAUGGGCUGUGCAUCAUCAAAGCAGUUUAAACGAGCUCCGCACCAUGAGGAUGCUUCUAUUCUAGCCAAAGAGACGACAUUUUCUGUAAAUGAAGUGGAGGCCCUGUAUGUGUUGUUCGAGAAGAUUAGCUAUUCCAUAUUCAAGGAUGGGCUUAUUCACAAGGAGGAGUUCCAACUUGCUCUCUUCAAGAACAGCAACAGGAAAAAUCUUUUCGCCGAUCGGAUAUUUGAUCUAUUUGAUCUGAAGCGCAACGGUGUGAUUGAAUUCGGGGAGUUUGUUCGGUCCCUCCACAUUUUUCACCCGGAUACACCUAUGGAAGAUAAGAUUGCCUUUGCAUUCAGACUAUAUGACCUCAGAGGCACCGGCAGCAUUGAGAGAGAAGAGUUGAAGGAAAUGGUCCUUGCAAUCCUGAAUGAGUCAGACCUGCUUCUUUCCGAUGACGCUGUCGAACAAAUCGUAGAUCAGACAUUCCAGCAGGCAGACCUGAACGGCGACGGGAGGAUAGAUGUGGACGAGUGGAAGGCGUUCGCGAGCAAGAACCCGGCCUUGCUGAAGAACAUGACUCUCCCGUACCUCAAGUAA